CAGAAUUAGUCACAGCUUACACCAAAGCCAUCUCUUCCCCUCUCAUUAAGUCGAGGUGGAGAUAUUUAUCUACCUCAAGUCGGUUAUUUCUACCCGCAAAAUGACUCGGCCAGUUGUGACAACCCUUGGGCCUGAGCAUGCAGAGCGCGUCGCUGAAGUAAUCGCCGCGGCCUUCUCGACUUCCUUGUUCACAUCUUAUUUACUACGCACCCCCGAGUCCACAUGGCCGACGGAUAACAUCCCCGCGGGCAUUGUCGGUGCUCAUUUUAAAAAGUCCGUCACCAGCAGAGCAGAGCAAGGGGCAGAGCUGGUGGAGGCUGGGAACUUUGCUGCAGUUGCUGUAUGGUUUCCACCAGGCAAUCCCAUCUCAACUGCAGGAGUCACAGACCCGCGGAUCCUGGAGUAUCGGGAGAAAUUCAGCCAGGUCAAGAAGGAGCAUCUCCAGGAUCGAGACUACUGGUAUCUCAAUCUGAUCGGGAGACACCCCGAGCGUACAGAACCUGGUGUUGUGCGUGCUCUGGUUGAUCCGUAUUUUAAGAAAGCCCGAGAGCAGGGUGUUCCUCUGUACCUUGAAGCAAUCAGUGAACACGCGCGGGAUGUCUACGAGCAUUUGGAAUUUCGCACCAUUGCUGCGGUUCGUUUGGGGGUUGGCAGGACCAACGCCAGGGGAGAACUUGAUGAGAACGGGGAGGGAAUUAUGCUGUAUGGGAUGAUGGCGGAAUAGACUGGGUAUACUAUGAUAAGUGUUGCUAAGUACAGCUACAUCACGCCGGCUUGUGCAGGUCAGACGCCCCGAGAUACUAACUCAUACGAGUGGUGAAGCACAGCAGAAUAAGGCUUACACAAGUUUGGUAUACUUGGGAAGUUAAGGCCCAUAGUUUCCGUGCGAGGUACAAAUAUAUAUAUAGAUUUCAUGGUUGAAUUAAUACCUCAAAAUCACACACUGUGGUAAGAUUCA